UGGAAAUCGAUGAAAUGUACAGGGUCGCAGGUCGAGUACAUACAACUUAGAAAUGUCACCAUGCCAUUUGAGUUCACGUGUAACGGCUACCAGUCUUUGGUGUUGCACAAUGUCGCCUAUGACAUUUUGGUGGAUGGUCAACUGGAACAAAUGGGGUUUGCUACCAUAGAUGUCUAUUUUAAUAUUUUAAAUGGCAAUAUAAUCGAGGUCAAUUCUGGAUUAAUUACGGAGGGUCAGUGCGCAGGCGACACGUUUUUCUCGGCCAACGUUUAUGUAACUGACGAUCAGUACGCGUGCGCCGGAGUUAAUGGCGCCACGGAAUUCACCAUAAUAUAUAUUGACGCCCACGUGACCGGACCCAAGUGCGGCGCUCACUGCACACUAGACACCGUGGAGAACAGUAGUAACAGUAAUGACUAA